CGCAUGAAUACUAAUGUAUUCACAACUUAGAUGUACAUAGCAAUCGUGUCUCGGUGUAUCGUUGCACUUCGGCAGUAGUUGUGAACUUGUACAACUCGUGGAAUUACUUUGGUUAUCUAUGGGAAUUAAAAAUAUACCGUGUUAUGUAGUAGCAGAUCUGCAAGCAAUUAGAAAAAAUAACAUAAAUCCUAAAAUGAAUUUGUUACAAGAAGUAUCAGAAACUCCUGCUACUUGCCUGUCAGAGGAAGAAUUGUACACAUCUCCAACAACAAUGAGUGAAGAUAUUUGGAAAAAAUUUGACUUGCCGACGCCGCCACUGUCUCCUAGACAUGAAAGUGACAAUGACUUUGAUAUUGAAAAUAUAACAAUGCCAUUUGACAUUGAUACUGAAGAUCUCCUUCUAUUUGAUGAUGACAUUGCAAAUGAGAUGCUGAAAGAAGUCAUUUCAACAUUUCCAGAGUCUCCGCCAGGUCCAGACAUAGAGUCAAAUCUUCAGUCAAAUUUGAUCCAGGACAUUAUGUGGUCAGCUCCAGCUAAGUCUGUGGAACUAAGUAAAUCUACUCCAAAAGACCAGAAGCAUAGAUUGAGAUGCAAUUCAUGCUCAAACCCAGCAUUCAAUACAGCUUGUGUAGCGCCUGAUGAGGUGUUCCCACUUGAGACAACUCAAACUCCAGCCACCAACCUGGGAGGGGUUAUGUCACAAACCAGGGUACAUAACCUUGGUAUAGAGACACCCUCAGAUUCUGAAGAAGAAAUAGAUGUUGUAACAGUGGAGAAACAACUACAGGUGACUGUUCCUAGUAAAAGGAAAUACAGAUCAGAUGAAGAAUGCAGCCCUAACAGUGAGCAAAAUCGUGGAACUAAAACUGUUACAUUGACUAUAGGACCGAAACCUGGAUUUACUACACAGACUCUAACAAAGUGUACUUCAGUUAGACCUAGAGUAGACUGUCCAACAGAUGUUCAUAAUUACAGUUUACCAGUGACUUCUUUGAAACGAGUGCAUUCAUAUCCAAGUUCACCUAUCACACAUAAAAGUAAAAAACUGAAAAGGGAUAUAAGUAUACCUUCAGACUUGAGAAAAGUUGCACAAAAACUGAAAUCUUCCAUGGGAAGUUGUAGUCGGAACUCUAGUGAUUCUGAGGAAAUGUGUGAAAGUGGUAAACGGACUCAACAUAAUGUUCUUGAACGUAAACGUAGAACUGACUUGAAAAACAGUUUCUUUCACCUUAGAGACUCUGUCCCUGAGCUUGAGGGGCAAGAACGUGCACCGAAAGUUGUUAUUCUCAGGAAAGCAUCACAGUAUAUAAAUAGACUCAUUGAGGAGCAAAAACGGCAGGAAAGAGAAACAGAACAGUUGAAAAUAAAGAAAGAAAAGCUAAAGCGACAUUUAGCAAAACUGCGAGAGUAUUGAGUACAUAUGAAAUAAAGAAAUGGAUUAUAUGAUAGUACUAUGAAAUAUGACAGCAUGAAAUAUACUACAAAGUAUGUGAUUGAUUUAAGAUCAACUUGUUACAUACAUAACAUUGUGGAUAAUUUACAGAAAAUAAUUUGUUCAUAGUUAGGCAUUAAUCGAGUAAAUUUACACCAGUUUGAUAGGGCCGAAUGAUACUGCUAGCAAGCUGUGUUCAUAUAUGUGUUCAGUGACAUUCUUUCAUUAUAUCACUGCCUUUAAUGUAAACACUGGCAUUCAUCAUUUCAGUAGUUCUGUAUUACAUACAUAUUAUAUUCAUUGAGGCUGUAGAAAACAAACAAAAGUCUCAGCCUUAAGACAUUUUCUGUUCAGAGUGUAGAGACAGUUCAGGAAAGAAAAUGAUUGUUUUUAAGUUGCUUUACACAAUUUUUGUUGGGGCAAAUGGUAGUUUUAUUGAUUUCGUUUGCUUGACUAAAUGGGUGAUAUUAUUAUUGCAUUUUUGUAUGAAUAGUGUUUGACUGUUAAUCUUUAUUAAGUUCUAUUUCUACAGUGUUUAUGUACUAUUUUCGCUUUAAAGACUUUGUAUAUUUUGAUGUUUUCAAUUUUUGGAAUUCAAUGUCCAACCAAAUCUUGAUGUAAUUGGUAGAUGCUAAAACUUUCUGUCAUACCAUCCCAGUUAAGUAUGUAAAUAUUGUUCUUUGAUAGUGUUAAAGUUUGCUAUAAAGAAUUUAUUUAAGAUUUUUUUCUGGUUAUAAAAGUUGAAUGGAAAUAACUGAGGUUUUUAAUGAAUGUUUAUAAUUAAUCAAUGUUUUUAAACAACCUGGUUGAAUGAAAUGUUUUUGCUUUAACAAAAUGUAAAAAGAAUCGUACUCUUGGUUUAAUUAUCCUAUGUACAAAGUUUUGGUUGAAGUUUUUGUUAGUUACUUUUUACAAAGUAGUUUGCUUUUUGUAAUAACUUUCUAAUCUGAUUUACAGCAGUCUGCAAGCAGCAGUUCUUUUAUUCUUUGACAAACAGAUUUCUUGAAAAAAUUAAUGCAAGAAUUGCUUCUUUCAAUGUAAAAUAUAUGGAAUACAGUUAUAAGAAAUGAAAAUUUGAGAUCUUUUUCACUUAGUUUCGAAAUAUUCUUGCAUUAAUUUUAGAAAUUGCAUUUUUGUUUGUUAGCGAUGUUUUGGCGACUUUUACAAAAAAUAAUACAAGAAAACUCAUGGUUAAAGGAAACAAAUAAAAUGAGUCUGUACAAGCUA